GGUCUAACCAACUUUAAAGUGGCGGUGGAGCCAGUUUGUUACCGACGUCUAACGGGGUAACAGCGACGCCAAGCGUCGGUUGCAUGAUUGCGCAUUCUAUACGCGACUAUGUUCAGUACGAAAAAGGUAUGGUUUAUGGUAAAACUUGUGAAAAUGCUGGACGGAAUACAAUUAUCGUGAAAAUGGUGUUGAGGAAACCCAAGUAGGAGAGUGGGAAAUAUGAUUUUUUUUGUGAUUUUUGAACUUUUGCUAGCCGCUUUUGUGACCGGCAUUAGUAGCAGUUCUGUUAUUAGUUCAGGUUCUUCCUUUGGACUAGAUCAUUUGACACUUCAACCACGGUUUCUGUCAAAAGAGAACACCUUCCGGGUUGUCCAGGGUGAUAUAGUGCUUCUUCCAUGUGAAGUACAAAAUCUAGGUUCAUUAGUGAUUGUAUGGAGAAAGGGUCCAACAUUGAUUGCUGCAGGUCAGCAUACCAUUUCGAGUGACCACAGGUAUUCCUUGCUAGGACACAACUUACAAAUUAAAGACGUCAAGACGGAAGACCAAGGCGACUACACCUGCCAAAUAGGAGACGGGACAUAUGGGGACUUGAUCCACACGAUAGAAAUCUUGAUGCCUCCAAGCCUCCAAAUGCUCCCAUCAGACGAAGAAGUUAUUGCCCGCAAGGGAGGUGCAGUUACGUUCGAGUGCCAUGCUAGCGGCAAUCCCGUACCGACUGUGCAAUGGUCCAAAAAGGAUGCCCUUCUACCAUCUGGAUUACAGGUUGAAACAGGCUUCAGUCUAAGCCUUUCCCACAUUGAGAGGAGAGACUCAGGAGUUUACCAGUGUACUGCUUCCAAUGGUAUUGGUCAACCUAUAACGGCAACCAUAAGGCUACAUGUUCUUUAUUCUCCGGAAAUCACUGUUGGUAGAUCGUGGGUCAAUUCCGCGGAGGGACUAGAAGCAAAACUGAUAUGCAAUGUUGACGCUGACCCCCAUGCAGAGGUAAUGUGGUAUCAAGAUUCUUUUCCUGUCCAAAUGACAGACAGAAGGGUUACAUCUUCAGCGACAAGAUCACACAUCCUGACAAUUAAGAAUGUUCAGCCGUCAGACUUCGGGAACUACAGCUGCGUUGCUGUAAAUUCCGUAGGGAAGGAGAAGAGAUAUAUAGAGUUGUCGGGAAGACCCGGGCCACCCCUCAUAGUUAGUGGCGGCAGAUCAAAUCCAACCACCUACAAACUCACAUGGAAAGUUCAAAGUGUCUUUCCUAUCAUUGAAGUGAGGAUAAUCUUCAGGCAACUUUUUAUGAAUACCACCUACCAUCAAUCUGGUCGGUGGCAUGACCUGAUCGUUCAACCAAACGAAGCCAACUACAAUUCCGAAAAUAGUGACAGAUUACAAUGGUACAGGCUUCGAAAUCUAAAUCCGGACUCCGUAUACGAAUGUAUAGUUCAAGCAAAAAAUCAAUACGGUUAUGGAGACCAAUCGAUCCUUCACCAGUGGCUCACGUCUUCUCCUGGCAAAACGAUCAUCGAAAUUAAUUCAGGUGUUCAGGCCAACAACACAUUCCUCGUCGUCUUCACUGCCAUCGUUCUGGCAUUGUUUAAUAGUAAUUAUUAUAUUAUUAAAACUGUUUCAUACGAGAAUUAUGAUAAGAGGCUUAAAAUAUAUAAAUAA